AUGAUCUCCUCAUUGAGCAUUUUGGGCCCAGCCCUGGCCCUGACCCUAGCCCCCUUUGCUCGCGCUGGAUUUAAUCCUAGCUCAUCUUCAAACAUCGCAGUAUACUGGGGACAAAACUCCUACAAUCAGGGUAGCGGCUCGCUUGCUCAGCAGAAUCUCGCCUAUUACUGCUCCAACACUGAUAUCGAUGUUAUCCCCCUUGCAUUCAUGAACGGCAUUACACCUCCAAUUACAAACUUUGCCAACGCUGGAAACAACUGCACCGCAUUUAGUGACAACCCCAAUGUCCUUAACUGUACUCAGAUUGCGGAUGAUAUUGAGACCUGCCAGAACACCUACGGCAAGACGAUUCUUCUGUCACUCGGAGGCUCUACAUAUACUCAGGGGGGAUGGUCUUCCACAACGGAUGCUCAAAAUGCUGCGCAGACAGUAUGGAAUAUGUUCGGCCCCCAGACUGGUGUCGCGAUCGACCGUCCUUUUGGAGAAGCUGUGGUCGAUGGUUUUGAUUUCGAUUUUGAGUCAACAGUCAACAACCUCCCGGCAUUCGGCGCCAAGCUUCGCAGCUUGAUGGAUGCCGCCAGUGGAAAGCAGUAUUACUUGUCUGCUGCACCCCAGUGUGUCUAUCCCGAUUCUGCUGAUGGCACGACUCUGGCCGCUGUUGCUUUCGAUUUUGUCAUGGUGCAAUUCUAUAACAACUGGUGCGAAGUAUCUAACUUCCAGGCGGGAGCAACUACUCAAUCUAGUUUCAAUUUUGAUGUGUGGGACACUUGGGCCAAGGGCAGCCAAAACCCCAACGUGAAGGUCUUCCUAGGUAUUCCAGCUAACUCCGGCGCUGCUGGUGCCGGUUAUGCGAGUGGAUCCCAGCUCCAGGCUGCUAUUGCUUAUUCUAAGCAGUAUAGCAGCUUUGGAGGGGUCAUGAUGUGGGAUAUGUCGCAGCUAUACGCCAACAGCGGUUUCCUCGACCAGGUUGUCAGCGACCUCAGUGCCUCCAGCACUCCCACUACAACUACAACUACAACAACGUCGGGCUCCGGCUCCAGUCCUACUGGGACCCUCGUUCCUCAGUGGGGCCAGUGUGGCGGACAGGGAUAUACCGGUUCUACCCAGUGUCAACCCCCGUAUACGUGUGUCUACGGAGGUGCCUACUGGUCUUCUUGCAAGUAA